AUAAAUAACGAGUUGAGUUAUUAUAAGAAUUGAAUACUCUUCAAAGUUUACUUCCAGAGAAACUGAAGCAAAACGAAACAAAAUUUCCUUCUAUAUCAGUAUGUCAGAACAGAUGAUAAACUCAUUGCUGGAAAUGGGGUUUCCCCAAAAUAGAGCAGAAAAGGCUCUUGCAAAGACACAGUUUCAAGGUGUACAGCAGGCUAUGGAAUGGUUGUUUGCUCAUGAAGAGGAUGCAGAUAUAGAUGUUCCCAUGGCAGAACCUCAAGGUCACACACUGGGCAGUACCUCCACAGAACCGGAGCCUGAAGCCAUGGACAGUGCCUCUACAGAACCAAAACCAGAAGUAGUAGAGGCUGAUGGUACAGCAGGGGGAGAUAAUGAAACACAACCACCUCUAGAAGCAAAGUCUUUUAAAUGUGAUGAAUGUGGUAAGUUAUUGAAAGAUGAAGAUGCAGUACAGUUUCAUGCAGCUAAAACACAGCAUGCAAGUUUCUCAGAGUCAGUUGAUGAGGUUAAACCAUUAUCACAGGAGGAGAAACAAGAACAACUUAGAAAGCUUCAAGAAAAGUUGAAACAGAAGCGAUUAGAAAGAGAGGCAGAAGAAAGAAAAGAAGCUAUACAGCGAGAAAAACAGCGUAGAACAUUUGGAAAAGAUGUUGUAGCGUCAAAAGAAAAGUUAGCAGAAAUAGAAAUGAAGAAAAUAGCUGAACAAAGAAGAAGAGACAAAAUGGAGGAGAAAAUGGCAAGACAAAAAGUAAAAGAACAGAUAGAGAAAGAUAAGAGAGAAAGAGCUGCAAAGUUUGCGAAGCAGAAUCAGGAAUCCACACCAGCAUCAACUUCCACACCUCAAGCUAGUACAUCACCCACACCACCUGCAGCAUCGGCACCGGCAGAGAAGAAAGAUUACACAGAAACACGGUUACAGAUAAGGUUAACAAAUGGUCAAGCACUGACUCAAACAUUUAAAGCCAAGGAACCAUUAGCUGCAGUUCGAUUAUAUAUAGAAAUGAAUAGAACUGAUAGUAAAGGAAAUUUCUCUUUAAUGACAUCAUUCCCUAGAAAAGUAUUUGCUGGAGAAGACUAUGAAAAACCUCUUACAGAAUUAGGUCUUGUUCCAUCAGCUGUUCUUAUAGUUACUAAAUCUCAGUGAUCCAGACAGACAGGCAAACAGACAGAGAUACAUGUAUAUGCUUAUAUUAAGCUGCAUUAGAAAUGCUGAACAACACUCUAUGGGCAUUGUUUUGUGAACUGUUACAUAUCCAGAAUAAGAAACAAUAAUUGAAAGUUGAUUGUUACCAUGGCAACAGUGAGAUAAACAGUAGUGACAUGGUAGGGUGAAUCUGCUCAUAUGACAUAUACAUGCAGUUCUUAUGUUAUAUCAUAUAAUUCUGAAAUGAAUUUGAGAAUUCAGAUUUUAAUGUCAAAAACUGGUACUCUGUACUUCCCACCAGCAUUCUUGAUCGGGUGAAUCUGCUUAAAUGAUCCGGAAUGAAAUCGGGAAUUCAGACUUAACUGUCUGUAAUCUGUGAUUUAAAUGAUUAAACAUUCUUCUUGUUAAACUGUAAGGAAGAUAAUUGAAAUAAAUGUUAUUCCUUUUAAAUAUUACUUUGAUACUUUUAUAUGUUUAUUAAAAUGUUCAUUUAGAUAAAUUUGAAACAUGCAGAGACAGGGUGAAAUCAUUGUCAGAUACCAACAUGUAACAUAGUAUUAAUGUAAAUUGUCAGGCCCUGGGUAUCAGACGAUUGAUGAAUAUGUAAAUAAUAAAAUAUUUAUUAUGUAAGAUGUGAAAUGAACAUGCUUACUAGUUUGCACCCAUUUGUCAUUUAUUUAAGGUACAGCGACCUUGUUCUUGUAGUACUCACUUCGUCAUUAAUGCACAAUUAGGGAUUGGGAAGAGGCUUUAAGCUUCCAAUACCAGAGGUUUAUGGUCUUUAGUUCACUGUCUGCUUGUGUCAUUUGUGAUUCCUAUGACCUUUUUAAAUUAUUCUGCUCAGGUACAAAUUCUGAUUUCCAUGUUCCAAUACUUUGUAUUUUCAGAACAAUAAACCAUUUUACUAGGUGGCUUAAACUAAUA